AUGUCGGAAAAUAUCCACGUCUCCAGUGACGAACGCAACACCAGGCACGGGAAACAAUCUCGAUCGCAGGGCGAUCACCAAGAACAAAGUGGGAAACAACAACAGCAGCAGCAACGAAGUGACUACGAGCCAAUAUAUGAAAACCUUGAUCAACAUCUGUACCGAGUUGCACAUUUUUGUGCGGCAGGGCAAGCGCUUCUAUGGCUGAAUGUCUCCGAUUGGUGCUAUCGGGAUCUGCGCGUCUCAAAGGAGAAAGCCGAUGGAAGCAAAGAGCACGUACCAGCACCCGACUGGCAAAGACGAACGCUUGGCACAUUCUGUCUAGCUGUCGGCGUAUUAUUCGCCGGUGGAGUGCAUUUCUGGUCCGCUAAACGCGUACGACGGAUCACACCUCUGAAGGACGGUUUCGUCAAGAUCGAGACGAGCAAUCUGGUGGGCAGGCAGGCGGUAGUGGUACCGUGUAAAGACUUGAGGAGUAUACAAUCUGCAGCUGCUGUUGCGAAAAGCACGACGGGACAGAUAACUCUACAGAGUAACGCGCAUCGCAUGCCAUUUUUGGUGGACAGAGGGGGCGACUUCUAUUCCGCCGAGCUGUUCGAUAAGCUAUUCCACCGCGCUUAGGCCGCGGGCUAUCAUCGUAUACCGAGCAGCACAACAGCACAGCUUUUCCGCAACGCUUCGUGACAUUAUCACACCUAUUCAUGGAAUCUGCCGUCUCACGAACGGAAUUUAUGGGACCGCAAGGUAGUGCAGAGACUUCCCAUUUAUGUGAAAAUAUAAUAAUAUCUAUCGCACGCGCUACUCUGUUGAAGAGUGCUUCAAGGAAAAGAAAAAAUUGAUCACGUCCUCCAGUCUUUCGUCCAAAAAAGAAUUCGCCACCAUGGCUCAAUUGUCGUCUUCCAAAAAUGGGGUUGUUCCACAAUUAUGUUGUUGGAACGCAUUCCAGCUUACCAAGCCAUUCCAUCAUCCGCGCUGGGCCUCACUAGCGGACUAGUCGCAAACAACCCCUCUUGUUCAUCCUUUCGUGCACUCAAGGGAUGGGUGUUUC